CCACAUCUAAUAUGGCGGCGGCGCUGAUGUAUGGCAGGAGCGGACCAAAGUGGCCAAUGCGCGCUCUAGAUAUUUCAAAAUCACGUGAUUAAUCAUGACGAUCCACCGAAUACCGGCGGCGCGAGGAACAAACCGACAGAAAACGGAGCGAACAGUGCUCACAUGGAGGAACGUAACGUGUUGCGACAGAUGGAGAGAGAGAGGAGGAACCAGGAGGUGGAGCAGGAGGAGACGCGUUAUGACAGAAUUACUCCUCUAUUCAAUGAGCCAUAUAAGAUAAAUAAGUGUGACGAGCUGUCCGCUCGCAUUCAGAGGAUGCUGGGUAAUUUUGAGGACGGAUGUGAUGUCGGACCCAGGGAACUUUGCUCCGUGUUUCCGUUCGGUCAUUCUGUACAGCUCUUCCGGGCGGACGGGUCUAAUUGCCGAAACUCAUCGGGACACACGGAGGGGUCCACGCCUGCUAGUGAGACCUCACCCGCCUCUUUUGCUCCUUCACAGGGGUCUGUACCGAAGAGCGAGAACUGCGAUUCGAACCGGUUACCGGCACUGUCUCCACCUGCCGACCCGCUGUCCCCUUUGCAGUCCAGCGGCGUGGAUGAGCCGUCUCCUGAACUCUGUCAGGCGGAGCCAUCACAGAUGGAGGCUCCUCCGCCAGCCCACGUCCUCCUGGUUAAUUUGCACUGUAAACCGGGCCUGGUGAACCAACAGAAGCCCACGGCGUACGUGAGGCCGAUGGAUGGUCAGGACCAGAUGACCGCUGCCUCUCCAGAUUUUAAAGCUUCGCCAGACACCUAUGAGCACUUACCUGACCCGAAGAACAGCGGCGUCAGUCCAAACCAGUCUGUGAAGCAGCCGCCACAGUCUGUUGAUAUUGCGUGUCAGGUGGACGACAUACUGAAGGAAAUGACAUCGUGGCCUGAGCUGUUGACAAGCAUUUUUUCACCGAGUACAAGAGAGUCGCUUACGCUCCCCAUCCUUACUGAGGAGCCACAAGCAUUCCCCACUCCCAAAGCUCAUGAAUCAGACAGCGUUGAACAGGAACACCAGGCUGAUUUCAGCAUCUCUAGUACUUCUGACAGCAGUUCAUCAGACAAUGAGAUCGUCAGUCCAGAGAAGAAAGCAGCAGAUGUAAUGUCACCACACACACGGGUCAGGAUAAAAAAAGACUGGCAGUUGAGAAGAUGGUUAUAUUCAAGAGAGAACCAACAGAAUUCUGAGGGCCCUUGUUAUGUCAUCAUGGCCAACUCGCAUGAUUCCCAUGGAAAGACGGAAGCUAUAGGUCAACCGGGUUGCUAUAGUAACCCAACCCAAAUUGAUAUAGAGUCAGAUCACACACAGACUGUGAUGAGCACGUGUGCAGGUGAGAAUUUACAGGUGAAGACCUCACGCCUCGAGAAUUCCCAACGCAAUAAAAACCCAUCCGUACGAAGAGCAAAAGAAAGCAGAAAGAAAACUGAGAAAAGGAGUGUGAGAGUCGCGAGUAAAACACGAGAUCUGUCUAUCUGCGUCACCAAACACACAGAGAGAAAAUUAGCCUGUCGCCCCCUGCUGGUGAAGAUAGAGCUGAACCUGCUCUCCAGAAUCCCACAAGAGCCCAAAACAGCCCCGCCCCUCUCUGGGGUCGUCAAGAGACCUGGCCCUCGAAAACCCACUGGACACAAGAGACCUGCCGAGCGGGAUGAAACGUCUCAAAGAAAAAAAAUGAAAAUGGAAACACCAAAUUCUUCCUCUCAGAACAUCAUCAGCGGAUCAAAAGUCACUGUCAGGUGCGGGACCAUGAAGAAGAGCAGCGUGAAACAGAAACAGAUUCCUCCUGACAGAGAGCAGCAGAAGACAGCAGCUCAUCUGAAGAAAGCCUGCGAGAGCCACGACGCACCUGCGCAGCUGACGUGUCCUUCUGCUUCCAAACCAAGAGUGCUGCUGCAGUUGGACCGCAGGCCACAUUCUGUCGAGGAUCAUAUGAGGGAAGCAAAAAAACUAAAGCACAAAGCAGAUGCAACGCUGGAUAAGAUGUCCAAAGCUCUCAGCUAUCUGGAAGCUGCUCUGUCAUUUGUGGAGAGUGGAGUUGCAAUGGAGACAGACCCCCAAACGCCCAAAUCUGCAUACACCAUGUUCUCAGAGACCGUCGAGCUGAUCAGGUUCAUACUUAAACUAAAGAACUACACAGACCCUACAGCUGCUGCUACCGAGAGAGAUUUCUUAGUUCUGUGUUUGCGAUGCGAGUCUCUGCUACAGAUGGCUAUGUUCCGCUACAGACGAGAUUCAGCGCUCAAAUGCUCACGAACGCUCGUCGAUCAUUUUAAAGUGAGUCAAAUCUCUCUUCAUUUCUUCUUUGAUGUCCUCACACGUUCAUACGUGACCCUGCUUCUGUAUCAGUCUGCAUCUCCCGUGAGCUCCGGUGGGACUGUUGUCAUUCCUCAGGACAUCCAGCAGGUGGCGGCGUCUUACGUAGAGAUUACGGCACUGUUUCUGAACGCUCUGGAUGCGUGGGAUCAGGCGGAUGAAGUCGCUCUCAGAGGAAGCGGUUUGCUGCGAGAGCUGGAUUGUGCCGUUGGUCCUUUGAGUCUCGCGUCUUCUGCGAGCUCAUUGGUGCAGUACGCACGGCACGGCCUUCACUGGAUCAGACUCGAACCCUGAUCUUCUGAUGACGCCACCCUAACCCACAUUAUUUAUUGACACUCCGUGUUUCUCGUACCGAACAUCUUUAUUUUAUUUUGUUUGCUGCGGUCACGUGUUGAGAGUACAGUCAGACACGCUGAGGGUUCGGCCAGGUGCCUUUAUUUUGUGUUUAGCUGAAAGUGAGUUGUGAAGGUCAUGGGACUUUAGCCGCUUUAGUGAACUAGUUAUGAUGCUGCUGUUGAGUUUAGUCCAACUGUAGAACUGAGCCCUGAUAUCUAAACUAUGUGCCUGUUCAAGCAGUGAGUCAUUUAUCGCCAUAUCUUAUUUAAGAGCGUUCAAAUCGUAAGGAGAAGAGUAUAUAUGUUUGUGUAACUGUCUUGCUCGUCUCAAGUGCAGACUUGAUUUCACACAGCUUUCAGGUGUGUCACUUAAGAUAUCAACGUCUCUUCUCAUUAGUUAAAUCAGUAUUCCUGUCUCUAUCAGUCUGUUCUCCUUUUAACCUCGGAGAUUUCCUGCAAGUCUCGGUUGAAAUAAUGAACUUUUGGAAACGUGUGAAAUAUUAACAUAAAAUAAAUUUUUUGCAGAAAAUAGAUUUUGUAAAACCGAAGGAAACUCUUCUCUGAAAGUUUAAAAUGAAAGCGUUUUGUAUUCUGCAUUUUGUUUGGACCAAUAUCUUUAUUUUUCUUUCAUUCAUGUACGAUGUGUAGAAGACUGGGGGAAUAUUUUGUGUUGUGGGGUUUUUUUAGGGUUUGAUGUAAUGUCUCAGGAUUUGUAUCAGCUGAGUUUUGGGAAGUUCCUCUUCCAUCUGCCAACUUUAUGAAACCUCCUUUUGAGGAUUUGUACAUGUUUUCAUGAUAUAUUUUGUAAAGCCAGAAAUGUAAACUAAGUGCAUAUUUAUUUCAAAUUAAUUUCAAGAAGGAACUGUACAAACAAAUAAACAUUGGCACAUCAA